ACAAGAGGAAUCCUCAAGUCAUUGGAAAUGUAACUCUCAAAGAGGGAGAUGAGCUGAAUCUGACCUGCACUGCUGAUAGUGUCCCUCCAUCGAUCAUCAUCUGGGCCAAGCAUCCUGCGAGAGGAAUCAGCCUCCACAACACCAGAUCGGCCACACUGGUCAUUUCAAAUGUGACAGCAGAAGAUUCUGGACGGUACAUCUGCACAGCUGAAUACCUGGACGAGAAAGUGGCUAUACAUGCCGAUGUACAAGUACAGUGGUUUUCAAAGAUCCUAAAUGGUUCUGGGUGUGUUCUUCAAUCUGAGGUCCUGACCUGUGUGUGUCUCAGUGAGGGCGUUCCUUUACCCACCAUUAAAUGGCCUCUGCUGAAGGACCACACUGGGUACUCUGUCAUUACCACAGUGUCAAACAACACAGUGAACAGCACCRUUUCACUAACCGCAGAAAAUUAUGACAACGUCAGCGUUGAAUGUGUUAGCAGCAGUGAAAAUGAGGAAGCAAAGGAAAACCUCACUGUAAAAAACAGCACGGGAACAAACAAAGAUGGGAAAAUGUAA